UACAGUUCUGUUAUUGAAUGAACGAAACUUAUUUAUAAAUACCGGUUACGUAUCUUCUAAAUAUAAGAAACUGGACAUUAACGCUAUCAGUACGUAUUCAACCUGUUGCCUGAACACAAGUGUUUUAAAAAAGUUUAAAGAAAAUAGUUUUUAUUCGUCGCGUCUGUGUAUUUUUAGUUCUGUUUUAAUUUUAGAAUGCAUUCUGAGUUGCCAGUGUGUGAGCGGUGUUGUUUCUGUUUGCCGUUGCGUUAUGGUCUUAUAACAUGGGGAUAUAUACGAUUAAUAAUCGCUAUUUUGCUGACAGCGGGCGCCACCCUCACGUUCUACGGCAUGCUGGGCAUGGCGCUCAACUACCCCCUCGUCGAGUACACAGUGUACUCGGUCGUACUGGGUUUCGUCGUACUGUUAGCCCUAAACGAUGUAAUCCUCAACACGAUAUUCAUUAUUGGAGGACAUAAGAAAAACGUGAAGAUGCUACGAGCGUACUACAUCUACAGCCUCAUUCUGUGGACAACCACCACACUGCUGGGCAUAGCGUCCUGUAUCUACACGAUGACUCUGAUCAAGCUCGGUGAGAUCGACAUCUCUCUCCACAUCUGGAUCGUACUCAUGGACGUAUCAUCACUGUUGGCUCAGAUUUUGAUCCAAGCCUACGUGAUACUUCUAGUGAGGAGCGAGAUGAUCAAACUGAGAAGCAAAUGCCAGUUCCGAUUCGUGAACAACGCCGCAGAAUCAGAGUGCACAAUGAGAUACAAUGCAGAAAUAGCAAAUAGAGACGCAAAUGGUUUCACAGAAAACGAUACUAGUGCCAAAGACGCUUGCGAAUUUAUAGGAUACGUGUCAAAGAAUAAUGAACCUUAUUGAUUUUAAAAGUGUUUUCUUAAUGGGCGAAAUAAAGUGAGCCCUUUCCAAUAUAUAAAAAUGAGGUUGUUAUCCAAAUAUAGAAACAAGAUAGGUCCACGUACUGACAAAGAGAUUCUAUAUUUUGACCGUGCCAU